AUCCAUCUCAGGCAACAGAUCUCCAGAAGCCUCAGGUUAUAUCAGACCCUCUGUGCUUCUUCGUUAUUUCGUUUUCUUGUUGUCCGUCUUUCAUUUCAAGACAAAAAAGGUGCUCCUGGUUGACACCUGCUGAACAUCCUAUCAUUAUACGCCCAUAGCUUUGGAUACCAAACCUUCCUUAAUACUACCACACUGAACUUGGAGAAAGAGAAGAAACUUCACAAUGAAGAUCAACCCCGCUCCGUUCCACUUGGCACAGGCCAUCAUCACCGGCCUCGUCGUCGCCCUCAGCAUAGCGAUCCUCGGUACUUCUGCGCACACACUCGAUGUCUUCAACAAACAACAUUUGUCAAACCCUUGGUGGGCACCGAUGUGGCCCCAACACUUUGAUGUACAGGGCACCAAGGCUCUCAUCGCCUCGUCUGUCGUCACCCUGGUCUUGUGUGGUGCUUUCUUGAUUGCAUCAUUUGUUCCCCAGCUUGCCCUUCGCCAAAAAUACACUCUCCGUGCUCUGCUUUCCCUAGCAACCCUCCUGCCUACUCUGCUUCUCACUCUAAUCACGACCAUCUGGGCCCACAUGCUCAAUAACAAUGCUCCCGACGUCGACACAAUCCAAACUUGGACUUGCAAGAUGCAGAACUCGCAACCGCUGGCUCAGAAUUUACCGGCCACCAUUGCUGUUCCAACUGGCAUGAGCAACAACGAUUUCAAGACGCUUUGUGGAGCAAGCAAGUUUGCACUACAUGGAACGCUUGUGGUGUUCCUCUUGGUAGGCGCGAGUAUGGGCGUUACCGUGGUUACCUGGAUGGCUGAUAAGUGGGCUGCAAGGCAGCAGAGGAAGGAAGUUGAGAUGGGCAAUGUCCCUGUACCCACUUCGUAG